AUGUUUUCUAACCAAGUUGCGAUUUCUCAUUCUCGACCUGAUCAAGCCAAUCCAUCACAACCAGCUCACAUUCAAUCGAGAACACGUCAUGACAAUAGUCAUAGAACACGUGAAAAGAUUCUAGCAACGUGUUUAGUAACAGCACUAAUGCUCAUUACCAUAAGUCUCAUUGUAGUAGUACCGAUUAUGGCAACGAAGAACUCAGCUAAAUCAAUAUCUCAGACUACAACAACCAUGGCAAUGUUUAACGAACUGAUCCAAACAAACAUUUCAAUUAAAAAAUGGACAACAUCAGCAAAACUAAACAUCAAUCGGAAUCGUCAUACUGCAACUGUAUUGCAAAAUGGAAAGGUAUUGGUCACUGGUGGAUACAAUCACAAAGGAGUUCUUCGUGAAUGUGAACUAUAUGACCCAUUAAGAGAUCAAUGGACACUCGUGGCAAGCAUGUCUGCCGCAAGGCAAGAUCACACCGCAUCUUUGUUACCUAAUGGUUUAGUCCUAGUGACUGGUGGUGAAAAUUCUGAUGGAGAGGUUUCGACUGCUGAACUAUAUAAUGCAUCAGUGAAUACGUGGACGAACACACGAAGCAUGAUCCAGAAACGAUCGGAACACACAGCCACUGUGCUGCAGAAUGGAAAAGUGCUCGUUGCAGGUGGCUGGAACGAAGAAGGAGGAAAUCUGGAUACUGCUGAACUAUACGAUCCUCAGACAGGUGUUUGGACAGCUACUCAAAACAUGAACUGCAGUCAUGCAUAUCAUCAAGCAUCGUUGCUAACAAAUGGAAAAGUACUAAUCACUGGCGGACUCGGUUUUUGCUCCAUAGGUAUGUCCCCAAAGACGAGUGAGUUGUAUGAUCCGAUAUCAGGUGCGUGGAUCAGAACAAAUGACAUGAACAUUGAUCGCUAUCAUCAUACAGCAACUGUGCUCCAAGAUGGAAGAGUGCUGGUAACUGGUGGACACGGUCUAGUCGGAGAGAUAUGGAACUCUACUGAAUUGUUCAACCCAUCGACGAAUCAAUGGAACACAACACGUAGUAUGAACACCCCACGCUAUGCUCAUUCGGCGACUUUGCUACCAAAUGGAAAAGUAUUAGUCGUUGGCGGAUUCUCCAGUGGCUCUACAGACAGUGCUGAACUGUACGAUCCAUCUACCGACGCUUGGACAGUCACUGGUAACAUGAAAUAUCAUCGCUCUGAUCAUACAGCAUCUUUACUGACUAGUGGAGAAGUCUUGGUUGUUGGCGGAUCUCUCGGUCCUCGUGCUGAGAUCGCAGAAAUAUACUAG